AUGUCACUUCAGAUUUUUGUCCGCCAGUUCGCCAGGGUGCCCCUGAAAGGCGACAAAGUCGCAAAAGUCACAUUCAGAGGAGUAUCGCUCUUCACUCGAGUUGUGGAAGAAGAAAGCGAUGACGUGCUAUUCGACGAGGUGCUGGAGUGGCCCAUGGGUCGGCCUCUGGACCCAUCAGAGGUGGUGGAGAUUCAGCUGCAGAUCUACAGCCGAUACUUCAGCAAUAAAGUCGCAGCGUCCUAUGGUCUUGUGCUGCACAGACUUGUCUCUGAGGGCCAUAUCGCCAUCACCGAUCACAUGACCGACUCCAACAACAAAGUUAUCAAGACAAGACUAGCAUUCGAAGCUCGCUACACCCCUCCCUUGAGCAAAGCUGAAGUGGCGCGGAGAGCCGAAGCCUCAAGAAGCGCAUCAAAGACCCGUGGUCCCGACGACGAAGGGGAGGGCGAAAGAGCAGGUCGCUUGAGUCGCCAGGGCAGCGAAUGUGCCGAAGGAAGACGGACAAGAGACUCCAGCAUUGAUAGUUUCGGGAGAGAGAACGAAAAGGAGAGUCUUAUUCAAGGCAAGACAAAUUCCAGUUUCUUGAGCUCGACAACUAAGAAAAUAUCAUCAUUCGCUAGUGAAAAGAAAAGAUCGUCGGUGACUGAUGCGGGCAAAAAGAGCAUUUCAAGCGAAGCCGGAAAGCGCCAUUCUGUUCAUACACCCGAACGAGGUCAUUCAUCAAAAGAAGAUUCAUUGAGUCGAAGAAGCAGACGUGACUCUGGCACGGAAAAAAAGAAACUUGGCGCCUACGGAAGAAGUAGUACCAUAGAAGGUCAACCUGUUGCUGCCACACCAGCAACUGGUGGGCAAGUUUUGUCUCAAGGAGUUGAGCCUCCUCAGAACCAAACUUUGUUGGGGGAAGACGAGAACGAUUCUAGCGACGACCAAAGAGACUUUCAUAUCCCCGUUUACGAUCGACCUGAGGCCGGGGAGCCCGCCGUGCUUCGUGUUGUUGAUGAAAUCGGUGCUUCUCAGUCACAAAGAACAAGCGGACCUCGGGCUGGUGACAGCGAUCAGGAUGAAAAGCAAAUGCUACUAAAUGUCGAGCAGAACAUUGCAAACCUUGAGAAGUCGAUGAGCAUGCAGGAGAGAAUAUCAGCCAAUGCUAAUAAGAACAGAAGCAAAGAAUCUUCACCAGACACUCCGAGAAAAAGUCGCGGCUUCAGCACGGGCAUGAAGGCCGUACGUUCACUGGUUCGUCUGGGGCGGCAACGCAGCAAGAGUGCCGGCAACACCACAGACGAGGAGGAUAAGUUACCCCUGCACUCUGCGGGGGUGACUGCAGUGUCUGCUCACAGGCGGGCCGAGCCUGGCUUGACUGAUGGGGCGAGCGCUCACCAGCAGCCGCCUAGCAGGCCGCACUCGGUCUGCUCGACGCAGUCUGAGAACGAUUCGUCGGCGUCUGCACAUGCCACCCAGCCCGCUAAAAGACAUCGAUCAGACACCGUCAACGCCACACCUGCUGAGCUAAAAGCCCAAGACUUUCAGGUUUGCAUUACGGUGAUUGAGGCACGACAGCUCGCAGGCCUGAACAUGGACCCGGUGGUGUGUGUACAGAUCGGCGACGUCAAGAAAUACACCUCCGUCAAGGAGUCCACUAACUGCCCUUACUACAACGAAUACUUCGUGUUUGAUUUCCACAUGGCGCCCGCUAUGCUCUUCGACAAAAUCAUUACGCUUACGGCAUUACACUCCAAGAAGUUCUUUUCGAAGGGCGAGUUUAUAGGAAGCUUCAAGCUGGACCUGGCAACAGUACACAGGGCUCCUGGUAUAACAAUUCGAUAUGAGAAUAUUAAUAAGUCUGAUAAGGACGAGGACGACAUCGAAGGGAACCUCCUCCUGCCGGACGGGGUGCCGGCCGAGCGCCAGCGAGCCAAGUUCAUCGUCCGCAUUUACCGCGCCGACGGGCUUCCCAAAAUCAACUCUUCAAUUAUGGCGAACGUCAAAAAAGCUUUUACCGGGGACUCGAAGGACCUAGUGGACCCUUACGUACAGGUGUCUUUCGCCGGGCUGUCGGGCCGAACAUCUGUAAAGAAGAACACAGCGUGCCCGAGUUGGAACGAACAGGUGGUGUUCUCAGAAAUGUUCCCUCCUCUCUGUCAACGCGUCAAAGUUCAGCUCCGAGACAACGACGCUGUCAACGACACAGUCAUCGGCACGCAUUUUCUGGACCUCACACAGUUCUCCAACGACGGCGACAGAGGUUUCCUUCCUACGUUUGGCCCAGCUUACGUCUACCUGUACGGCUCGACGCGAGACGGCAGCGUGAUGGACGAGCAUGCCGCUCUCAACGCAGGCAUGGGCGAGGGCAUCGCGUACAGAGGGCGCCUCCUGCUGAGCGUGCGAUGUCAGAUCACCGACCACCUCGAUGUCGCUCCGUCUGAAGUUGAAGUUGAAAACACCAUGCCAAUUCAGGAGUCAAACUACGGCAAGAACGAAGAGUUCUUGCUGUUCGCUUGUGUGCACGAGGCCACGAUGAUCGAGAAGCGCGUGGCAGACAAGCAAGUCAGCUUCGAAAUCUCCAUCGGCAACGCCGGCAACUCCUUCGACGGCUACGCUGCCAUGCGGCACUCAAGCGGCGACGACGAGAGCGAAGAAGAAUCGGUGAUCGCCGAGUCUUCGAUGUGGCAGUCAACCACACCCCCGAUGAAACCAAUGACCAACGACAAGAUAUAUUAUUUCCUGCCCUACUGGGACGACAAGCCUUGCUUGUUUGUGCGGUCGCUAUGGCAAGACCACAGACGCCGGCUCUUCAACUCCAACGCGCUAUCCAGAGUUGCUUCCACCCUCGAAGAAGGGCUGACUGAUUUCCAGUCAGUGCUGGAUGAGGAUGAAGGUCAGCCUGAGCGCAAGCUGCGCGCUGUGCUGGAGCGGCUGAUGGAGAGCUGUGAUGAGUAUCUGGACUUCACGAAGUCUGCUUCGUGCAGCGGCUCAACUGGAGGCAGGACGAGGCUGGACAAGGAGCGUUUCAAACUCUGCAUCAGAGAAAUUGAGUGCAUUCACUCGUCAGCCCGCCAGACGAGAGCGACGAUCACGAAGCACUCACUCAGAGAUCGCUACAAGGCGACGCUGGGCUUCCUCGCGCGCAUCAAGCAACUCGUCGAAGACCCGCAGCAUAGUCUGCCCGACGUGUUCGUGUGGAUGUUGAGUGGCGGCAAGCGUGUGGCGUACCAACGGCUGCCCGCUCGCCACCUCAUCCACGGCCCCACGCAGGUCGAGCGUGGCAAGCAGUGCGGGCUGCUGCGCACCGUCUUUCUUAAGCUGCCAGGCCGCAGGUCGUCAGGCCCUGGAGGCUGGGCUAUCCAAGCGAAGCUGCAGGUCUACCUGUGGCUCGGUCUGGCCAAACACAAGAAGCAUUUGCUGCCGGGCAUCCCGCGGGGCUACGAGAUGUGCUACGAGUUCCGGAACAUUGAGCGUCCGCUAACUCUGCCACCAACUUCCCUGCAUUACUCUGCUAAGCAGACCUUCCAGCUGCGAGCUCACGUAUACCAAGCGAGGUCGCUGAUAGGCUCAGAUGCAUCAGGGCUCUCUGAUCCCUUCGCACGUAUAAUCUUCGGCGAGCACUGCAGAGUUACUCAGGUUAUUGAUGAGACUCUCAGUCCCACGUGGGACGAGUUGCUUAUCUUCGACGAGGUUAUUGUGUAUGGAGUCAAAGAAGAAAUUAAAAAAGAGCCUCCGAUGGUGGUGGUCGAAAUUUUUGAUCAGGACAAAGUGGGCAAGUCGGAGUUCAUAGGGCGGACGCUGGCGCGCCCCAACAUGAAGCUCAAGGAGGACGGGUACGUCAAGCCUCGUCUUGAGUGGUACGACCUACACCGCGGCAGCGACACUGCUGGGGAGCUGCUCGCGGCCUUUGAACUCCUCCAGUUUGGGGACGGUGAUGCUCGAGGUGACGUCAUCCCACUGCCAGAGGCGAAGGAAGACCAGCCCAGAGAUCCGCAGGCUGGACCUCUGCUGCCCGUACCACGCGGCAUCCGACCCACCCUGGCUCACUACAGGCUAGAGGUUUUGUUCUGGGGACUGCGAGACUUGCGCCGCAUCCACCUGCUGACGGUGGACAGGCCUCGAGUGGACGUGGAGAUUGCCGGCCACAUCGUCCAGUCCGGAGUGAUCAGCAGCGCCAGACGCAACCCAAACUUCACGAACCCCGUCAAGUUCAUCGACCUGGAGUUGCCGGAGCAGGAACUGUACUGUCCGCCGAUCACGAUUCGGGUGGUGGAUUGUAGGAGCUUCGGACGGUUCACGCUCGUGGGUACACACAUCAUCAGCAACCUGCAUCGCUACACUUGGUGCCCCGCCACCGCCGCUGAGGACAAGCGACCGCACAAACCAAUCGAGGGCUGUGAAAGUCUACCCAACAACGUCGAGUUAAGUGCAAAGGGAAAGCCUUUUGUCAAAAUCGUGAGGGGAAAGUCGGGAACAUUGCCCUGUGAGUUCGUACAUAACGCAGGACUCACCGAAACCUCUCCGCUUCUGGAUAAAGAAACCAUCAUCACCAUUGACUACUCUCAGCCCGGAACGAACAGCCUGAUGAGAGGAAGCAUCAGUAAGAAAGAGAAGACGGAAGCGAACAAGAAGAAGCAACUCAGCCUCGACGUCGACGAAGAUGAUGAGGAGAACAGGGACUGGUGGACCAAAUAUUUCGCCUCCCUCGAUGCCGCUGCUCAGGAAGCAGAGAAACACAUCGAAGAACAAGCGGAGCGCCGGCUUGAGGAACUCAACCAGUCCGGUUCACACUACCACAGCGUCGUCGCAGGAGCGGCCACCACGGACUCCCGCCUAGCGUAUCACUCGGAGCGCGGCGGCGACCAUCACAGCCACAGCUACCGCAAGACACAUAGCGGCAAGGGCGGGUCUCUCAGCGCCGCCAAACUGGCUCAUAAACUCAGCCCUAAAGCCCACAGGAGGAAGCAGAUCAAAAACAUCGCCUGCACUAAGGUUUUGGCCGGGGAACUGGAGGCAGAGUUCUCCGGGUUCCGCGAGUGGCUUCACACCUUCGAGCUCUACCGCGGCAAGAAGACUGGCGACGAGGUCGAGGACGAGUCAAGGGUCGUCGGGAAAUUCAAAGGGUCACUGAAGCUGUACCGAUGGCCACUACCCAAAGACCUACAAGACACCUCCAUCAUGGGAGGCGAUCCACGCCAGGGUUUCUUCCAGGGCUUACCGUCGAACGAGCCUAUCCACGUGCUGGUUCGAGUCUACAUCGUCAAAGCUCUCGAUUUGCAUCCUAUGGACCUCAACGGCAAGGCUGACCCGUACAUCGUCGUGCAGUUGGGAAGCAAGAAGAUCUCUGACAAAGAGAAUUACAUUUCAAAGCAGCUCAAUCCUGUCUUCGGGAAAUGCUUUGAAGUGGAAGCCACUUUUCCCCAAGACUCGAUGCUUACCAUAAAUAUUCUGGACUGGGACUUGGUUGGUUCAGACGACAUCAUCGGUGAGACCAGAAUUGACUUGGAGAACAGGUUCUACUCGAGACACCGCGCGACCUGCGGCCUGCAGAAGCGUUACGAGCUCUCUGUUUCUGAGGAGCAGCUGGCACUGGCGGUGCUGCACAGAUGGGAAGAAGUGCCAAAGGUUGGGUGUCGUCUGGUGCCGGAGCACAUCGAGACCAGGAUACUCUACAACCCCGACAAACCUGGCAUUGAGCAGGGAAAGCUGGAGAUGUGGGUGGACAUGUUCCCGAUGGACAUGCCUCUCCCCGGACCGCCCAUCGACAUCACGCCGAGGAAGCCCAAAAGCUACGAGCUUCGCCUCAUCGUCUGGAACACGGACGACGUUGUUCUGGAGGACGACGCCUUCUUUACCGGCGAAAAAAUGUCCGACAUUUACGUUAAAGGGUGGCUGAGAGGCACCGAGGACGCGCAGUGCACGGAUAUUCACUACCGCUCCCUGACCGGCGAGGGCAACUUCAACUGGCGCUUCAUCUUCCCCUUCGACUAUCUAGUGGCAGAAGAAAAAAUUGUCAUCAGCAGGAAAGAAACAUUCUUCUCUUUGGAUGAAACUGAGUGCAAAAUUCCUGCCAGACUUGAACUUCAGGUUUGGGAUGCAGAUCAUUUCUCAGCAGACGACUUCUUAGGGGCGAUUACGCUGGACCUGAACCGUUUCCCACGAGGUGCUAAGAGUUCUAAGCAAUGCACGCUAAGCAUGCUUAAGACUGACGGCUCCGUCCCUAUGAUCAGCAUCUUCAAGCAGCGAAGAGUUAAGGGAUGGUGGCCAUUCUACAUCAAGAAGGAGAACGAGGAAAUGGAACUCACUGGAAAAGUUGAAGCAGAGAUUCAGCUGCUCACCAGAGACGAGGCUGAGAAAAUUCCCGCUGGCUUAGGCCGCAACGAGCCAGACCCUCUGGAGAAACCCAAUCGUCCGGACGCCUCGUUCAUGUGGUUCCUGAACCCACUGAAGAGCAUCCGCUACAUCAUCUGGCACAACUACAAGUGGCUAAUACUCAAGAUGUUACUCGUGCUGGCGCUGGCUGCUUUCCUGGUGCUAUUUUUCUACUCAAUACCUGGUUUCACAGUUAAAAAAAUCAUGGGUGUUUAGAGCUGUAAUUACAACGUGACCACUGUAACUGUAUUGGGAAAAAUGAACUUGCUAUUAAUUGUUCCCAUCCCAUCUUUUGUGUCGUCGGCUCCACGAUGUAAAACUAAUUUUAAAUAGAGAAUUUUGAAUUUUAUGCAUUUACGAGUGAUAACUGGCUGAUUUCAUGUGAGACAAUUUUGAGGGUUACAAGCUGACGAGCUUGAAAAAUCGCCGGUUAUUUAUCACAGAAAAAGUUUGGUUAAGUCACUUAACUUUAGUAAGAUCUCCUAAAAUCCUUGGCGUGGUCAAAAAUCAGACUGUGAAGUGCUCUAGAAAGUGUUACAAAUUUCUAAAUUGAUUAAGUAAAGUUGACGCGGCCUUUUGUCGCCGGACGACAUCAAAGUAUCCUGUCAAACUUGAUGUAUGAAAAUUUCCGUAGCACAGGAGACUUCAAAUGGUGAUCCAACAGAUUUUCAGUCCAGGUAAAAUAUAAAAAUUUUAACGUAAUAAAAUCUUAUGCAUCUAGUCUUGAGUACGCUUAUCAGAACCCGUCUCAUAUCAAGUUCAAUGUAAUUUAACGAGCAGAACUCGCUAAAUAUAUAAUGCGAUGGUGGUAUAGUAGGUUUAUUCAAAGGUAUAUAUUAGGAAAUUGAGAAAUGCUACAGUUUUUUUUAGGAAUCAUCUCCAGAUGUCGAGCGGAUAAAGUUUGGGUUUUAAAGGUGAAGAUAAUGUUGGGAAAAUGUCUCGUUUGAUCUGCGUUAUAACAGGUUUCCUUGGCGGAAAAUUAUCAGCAGAUCAUUAAAAGCUCACGAAGUUACAUCGAAGUAACGCUAUUACACCUGAACUACAGCCGUGUCUCUAAGUCUUGCGGCGUACAUUAAACUUGAGAAACAACCCGUUUGUUUACUCGAUUAAAUAAUUAAUAAAUGUAUUUUUGAAAUCAUUUUUUUCCGUAUUGUAGUUUCUACCAGCAAUGUACGUAGAAUCAGAGCCGUACAAUUUCAGUGGCAAUACAUUUUCCGUCUACAAAAAAGACUCUUCAGCGACAGAAGGAAUGCAAGUCAACACGAGACCACGAACUUAAAUCCAAAGUCCACAUUUUUACGACUUGAUGCAAGAAGUAUGUGAACUGAAGGUGUAAGAGUUUAUUAGAUUUGACUCCCAGAGCUUCAUUAAUAGAUGCAAUCGCAGGGAAAAUAUUGGAACCAUAAAAUCUCAAAAAAUUUUCCUUGAUAAAUUAAAAUUUACAGGAAGGAAGUGUGUCAUAUCACAAUGUGCCCUUGACAUUUGUUAGAGCCUAUGUCUUCUUUUAUUUGUUGCCCUGUCGAAAAUCAAAAAUGCGGAGGGAAAUUUUUUAAAAUAUUUAUUUCCUUUUCAUGUUUGACCUUUCAAUUCAUUAAGUUUAAUUUGUAAGGUGAGAAAACAAAUACUUCUAUCGGUAUCAGAUGCGUUGGGCAGCGACAUUGAAUACUUGUGGCUAAUUUCGCGUAAAGAAAGAAGAGUCAAUGAAGGUCCAGUUUAUUUUGUUCCUGGUAUUGAAAUUAAGCUGACGUGUGGCUUGAAUUUUCAAUUCUUCGUUGAGGCUUUUAUUCAUUUGUUUCCAUGAGCUCGAAUGUGCAAAACAAAGAAAAAUAAUCCACUAAAAAGUCGAAAUUUCUCUUCAAAUAUUAUUUAAUAUAUCUUUUUAUCUCAAGCCCUCGCUUUCUUUCUGGGAGAGAAUCUAAAAUAUUAUAUUGAAGUUCAUUCUUUGAUUCGGUCUAGUGCCACAAAAUUUUAUUAACAUUGUAACAAUCGUAAAUUCAUCGUUUUGUAAUAAUCGUAAAUUCAGUUUGCUCAUAAUAUGGGAUGUGAAGGUCAACACUGGUCGUAUAAUUAACUAAUGUAUUUGAGGUCUGUAUACUGUUUAAAAUCACUUGUAUCUGAGGUUUUGUAUCUUUUGUUGAUUGUAUUUAGAAGCCCUGAAUUAAAUGAAUUAAAGAACUUACAAAAUGACGACUCAUAUGUUAUUGGUGGCAAUAGAUAAUUUCUAAAAAAGCUUAAAGGACCUGUUCAGGUACGACUCCACCACAGAGAGCUUUACAUAAUUUAUAAGCGUAUAGGUUACUAUUGUGAAAACAUGUCAAUAUUCGCAAUGUAAUAUUUAAUUUUAAUAUGCAUUGUUCUGAGUCGGACGCAGAUAUCCUCGUUGAUAUGAUGCACCGUUCUUUGUUGACAUUUAGAGGCUUUUAUUGUUGAUGAUGUUACAGAGUGGUGUUAUUUUUAUCAGCUUCAUCUGCGAAUAAAUCUUGUUUUUCAAUGUUGUUUACAAAUAUUUGUGUCUCUGGAGGACCUUGAAAACAAAUUGAUGAGCUCUAGCCUACAAGGGCGGGCAAUGCGUUUUUAUUGCAUAUAUUCAUUACGAAUUUAUUCUUCGGCGGUUCUCGACAGAGCUUCGAAAAUUAAUUUUGAUUUGUAAUUAAAUUACAAAUACGAUAUAUUUUCAAUGUCGUUUUACGUAAUUACGUUCGCAUUUUCAUGAUAAUAAUAAGCACAAUAGCAUAAAUGUAUUUUUUACCUAUCAUAGCCUCUUCUAUACAUUCAUCACUUGUGAUAUUUUUAUUUGAAACGUCUUCUUAGUUCAUUUUGAGAACGUUUGAACGUCACAAUACUCCCCUGGUAUACAAUCAUUACCUUGUAUAUUCGUACAUAUAGUCUUGUAGUUCGUGCAUUCACCUGUCGUGUGGUGUGAAUUCCCACCGCUCUACGUUUUUUUUUCAAUGAUCUUGUUUUCGCAAUAUAUUUUCAGAUGCUCUGCACCUUCGGAAUCGAUUUAAUCAGAUCUGUUUUUCCUUGGAACGCUCUGUGUGCUGUCCGAGUGAGUGCUUUUUAUUGCAAUCUCGUACGUGUACAUAGUAAACGUGUGAAAAAUGAGUAAAUUGCUUAAAGCACUUAAAUUAUUGCUGUGAGUGAGAGGCUUAUUUACACUUUUUAAUUCCUAAAAUUAUUUGUUAAGAAUCUAGUUAUUAUGAAAUUUUGUGCCAUUUCAUCCAGAGCGAAUUUGAUGCAACGUUUUAGUGUGGAUUGGAAAUUUUUGCGGCCCAAUAAGAAAUUUUAACUUUCGGCUGUAGAGUAUCUCACGUUACAAUUAACAUAUUGCCGAGGAAGAAUUAUUAAUUCUUGUUAGGAAAUUAAAUAAAAAAUUAAACAGAUCUGAUUUCAUUUCUUAAAAGCAUAGAAUUUAUUUAAUACAUUUAUGGUUUUGUCAGCAAAUGUUAGUUUUUGCUGACAAAAAAAUCAUGAGUCAUGGACUUAAAUUAAAAAGAUAACAGAUCGGAAUGCAUUUUUUUGUGUUGCUGUAGGAAAAUGCUAGUUUUUGCAGGCGAGAAAAUCAUUGUGAGAAUUGAACUUAACCUUUUUCUAUGGCUUAUGUGUCGCUUAUUCUCAUUGUCAUCACGAGAGACUAAACCCAGGCAUAGACUUAUAAGUAGAUCGUUGAGUGUAUUAAAUUCAUAUCAUAAAGUCUCAUUCUUGACAAAGCACAUGAGAAUGUUUAAGUUUUUCUCACAUUUCAGUGUAUAGCAUAACUUCUCUGAUAUUGAUAUACUGAUUGUGAUCUACGUGUGAUUCUCCAUAUCAAAUGUUACUCGUAUAGUCAUUAUUCCAGUCACCAAAUUUGUAUUCGAUAUAUACGAUGUUCUAGAAUGUUAAUACUGUUAAAUAUUUUUACUACACGUUGGGUAUGACCGACACAAUAACUAUUUGCAUUCUAAUCAAUAUAUUGCAUGCCAUUCAUAUUCAUACGAAUAGUUCGUAGCUUUCCUCUUUUUUUGGACUCUCAUAGAAGUGAAAUCAAUUAGAUUUUCUCGUUCAAUGAAUUUUCUAUAGCAGGUUUUCCCAGUAAUAGCAGAAAUUCUCAAAGUAACCGCUGAACUUCUCUCUCAAAAAUUCUCAAAAAUAUUAAACUUGGAUGAAUGUUUCACUUUUUCAUCAUCGCACCCAAUAGUUGAGAAUAAAACAUUUGCCGGUAAUUAGUUUCACAGAAUCUAAUUGUUUUAAAUUAAUCCCAAUAUCCAGUUAAUUUAAAUGACUGUGUAAUGAACGGGAAUCACGAAAUAAAUAAACUGAAGUAAUUUCUUUUUCUGAAAUUGAAAAAUCAAUAUCAUUUCUUGUAGCUCUUUCACUUCGGUUCGCAAAUCAUUUAAUAUUUUGAUUAGAAAUAAUCGAAAAGUUCUCGUGUAAUUACUUUUCUAUCAUGAUUCCUCAUUCUAAUAUAUACGCAUUAUAUUUCAAUAUAUAUGCUAUUUCUU